CUUUGUUUGAACCAGGACCCCAACAUGGUAAAGAGCCCGAUCUUCACCCCCACCACUGGGCGUCAUGAGCACGGCCUACUCAACAUCUACCACGCCAUGGAAGGCGCAGCCCACCUACACAUCCUGGUGGUAAAGGAUUGUGAGAUGUCUGUCUACAGGAAGUACUGGCCCAACCAUAUUCUGCUGGUGUUGCCUGCUAUGUUCAACAGCGCUGGAGUGGGGGCGGCCCGUUUUAUGAUCAAAGAGCUGUCGUACCAUAACCUUGAGCUGGAGCGCAAUCGGAUGGAGGAGCAAGGAGUAAACAGGCAGGACAUCUGGCCCUUCGUAGUCAUGAUGGAUGAUUCCUGCGUGCUGUGGAACUCCCACCCCCCACAGGAUCUUAACGGGUACUGCAGUUUGCCUGCUAUACUGAGGAGUGCAGAUUGGGGGUAG